GGAGCAAAGUCAUGAGGACAUUUUUAGUCACCAGUCUCCUCUUAUUAAUGUUGUACCUCAGCUUUUCCUCUGCUGUGUCCUCCUCUCUUUCUUCCUCCUCUUGCAAGUUUCAGGGACAGUUUCAGCAAAUUGAGAUGCACAAGACUGGAGAUGUGAUUCUCGGUGGAAUUUUUACAUUUCACUUCUUUCCUGCUUAUCCUGAUAUAUCUUUUACCUCAGAGCCACGACAGCCUGCAUGCUAUGGACUUGAUGUCAUGGGAUUCAGGCUGGCUCAGACCAUGGCCUAUACUAUUGAUGAAAUCAACAGAAACUCCAACAUGCUGCCUAAUGUGACUCUGGGAUACAGUGUGUAUGAUAACUGCCUCCAAACAGGGAUUGGAGUUGGUGCAGCACUGUCCUUAGUCAGUGGUAAACAAAAGCAAGUUACAUUAGGGAAGAACUGCUCAGGCACUCAUCCAUUCCUAGGAAUUGUGGGUGAAUCUUCAUCUACACGGACAGUUGCCAUAGCUAUGGUCUUAGGUUUGUACAGAGUGCCUAUGGUUAGUUAUUAUGCAACAUGUUCUUUUCUGAGUGAUCGGCAAAAGUUUCCAUCUUUUUUUAGGACAAUACCAAGUGAUGCUUUUCAGGUGCGUACUAUGAUUCAGAUUCUAAAACACUUUGGAUGGACUUGGGUAGGUCUGCUCCUCAGUGACGAUGAAUAUGGAAUCCACGCUACCCGAUCCUUUCACUCUGAGCUACGUUUAAAUAGUGGAGGUUGUGUGGCUUACACAGAGAUUUUACCCUGGGGUGAUGACACCACUGAACUAAGGAGAAUAGUGGAUGUGAUGAAGAAAUCUACAGCCCGAGUGGUGAUCGUGUUUGCAUAUGAGACUCAUUUAAUUGACCUCAUGAAAGAGGUGGUGAGGCAGAAUGUGACAGGCCUGCAUUGGAUGGCCAGUGAAGCGUGGACAUCAGGCACUUCACUCCAGACGCGCGACUUCAUGCCGUACCUGGCUGGAACACUGGGCAUCACUGUCCGACGGGGAGAAAUACCAGGACUCAGGGACUUCCUGAUACAAAUACGUCCUGACAUACAUCACAACAACACCCAUGGACAGAGUUUGAAUCAGUUUUGGGAACACACAUUUCAGUGUAGAUUUGCACCACCUCCAGCAGGUUGGGUGGAAGCUGGAGGAGAAUUAUGCACUGGACAGGAAGUUAUAGAGAUUGUGGAGACUGGUUUCUUGGAUGUUUCAAACCUCAGGGCAGAGUAUAAUGUGUAUAAGGCUGUAUACGCUCUGGCGUAUGCUCUUGAUGACAUGCUGCAAUGUGAGCCAGGGAGAGGACCUUUCAGCAACAACACUUGUGCUCAUUUACAAAGACUGGAGCCAUGGCAGCUUCUGUAUUACUUGGAAAAAGUCAACUUUACAACAUCAUCUGGUGAUCGAGUGUCAUUUGAUGAGAAAGGUAACAUCUUACCUGUAUAUGACAUCAUGAACUGGGUGUGGCUCCCUGAUGAAAGAAUUAAAGUUCAGAAAGUGGGUGAGGUUCAGAGGUCCGCCUUCAAUGGUGCAGAAGUCACACUGGAUGAAGACAAAAUCUUCUGGAACUUUCACUCUGAACAGCCUCCUCGGUCAGUGUGCAGUGAGAGCUGUCCUCCAGGUACCCGCGUGGUCAAGACAAGGAGGAGGUCUGAGUGUUGUUUUGACUGUGUCCCUUGUUCUGACGGAGAGAUCAGCAAUACGACUGACUCCAUGGAGUGCAUCAGUUGUCCAGAAGAUUUCUGGUCCAGCCCCCAGCGUGACCACUGUGUUCCUAAAAAAACAGAGUUCCUCUCCUACCAUGAGCCUCUGGGUAUCUGCUUGACAACCAUCUCACUGUUGGGCACAUUUAUCUGUGUUAUUGUUCUGGGCAUCUUCAUCCAUCACCGCAGCACACCUAUAGUUCGUGCCAACAAUUCAGAACUCAGUUUCCAGCUGUUGCUGUCACUUAAGUUCUGUUUCCUUUGCUCAUUGCUUUUUAUUGGACGACCCAGACCUUGGACUUGCCAAUUAAGACAUGCAGCAUUUGGCAUCAGCUUUGUGCUUUGUGUCUCAUGUAUCCUGGUGAAAACCAUGGUGGUUCUGGCUGUGUUCAGGGCCUCCAAACCAGGAGGUGAGUCCAGUCUCAAAUGGUUUGGUGCUGUGCAGCAGAGAGGGACAGUUCUGGUUCUGACUUCUGUUCAAGCAGCAAUCUGCACUGUCUGGCUUGCAUCUGCUUCACCCAUGCCUCAUAAAAACACCCAGUAUCACAGUGACAAGAUAGUUUAUGAGUGUGCAGUUGGGUCCACAGUUGGUUUUGCAGUUUUACUUGGUUAUAUUGGGUUACUGGCUGUCCUCAGUUUUUUGUUAGCUUUUCUAGCAAGGAAUCUUCCAGACAGUUUCAAUGAGGCCAAACUCAUCACUUUCAGCAUGUUGAUCUUCUGUGCAGUGUGGGUGGCCUUCAUCCCUGCAUAUAUCAGCUCACCAGGCAAAUAUGCAGAUGCUGUGGAGGUAUUUGCUAUUCUGGCCUCAAGUUCUGGCCUGUUGGUGGCACUGUUUGGACCCAAAUGUUACAUAAUCAUUUUAAGACCAGAGAGAAACACAAAGAAAGUCAUCAUGGGUCGUGGCACUGACUGAAAAAAAUAAUAAUAAAAUGUAUUUUUAUAAUACAAUAAUCCAUGUAUGGAAAUUACAAUAUUAUGUGAUAUUGAUGGUAAAUACAUAUUAUAUGGUCAUUUAUGUAUUGAAUAGGGAGGUGUAAUACACAUUGCAACAAAGUAGUCCUCAAGAGUAUAUGAAAUCAAGAUUAAUAAAAAUUAGAGUAGAUAUUUAAGGCCAGUACACCCGAGACAAAACACAGUCCACAAUUUUAAAUAUGUUUGCGAAUUUCCUUAAACUUUUUCCGGUGUGUGUUUGAUUGUGAGGAUUGAAUGAGUGGGAUUAUUAACCUUAGCUGAAGUUCUGAAGCCUAAUAAAGUAAUUAUUCUUAUUCAUUCAUUUUCUGACAGUCUUUUUGCAAUGGGAUAGGAGCAAGUUAAAGCUGAAAUAAACAAUGGACUGACUUAAA